ACUCCACCUCCGCCUCCACGUCGUCAGUUCGUCACGAUCUUGCGAUCAACCAUCAGUCUGCCCAGUUCCCCAGGUGAGAUUACGCGGGGCUCAUGAUCGUCCAAUUUCUUCAUGGGGUAGUUCAAUGGGCCGUUGCCACUGGCGGGACUGACAAGGACCAUGUGAGGAGUGGUGCGAGAAGCAUAGACCCCGGCGUCAGGCACUUUCGUCCACCGGCGUUGCGCCAUGUGGGCGUUUGUCUCGAUUCCAAAUACAAAAGGGUCCCUGUCCUGGGGAGAAACUCUCUCUUCCUAUCCUAACGAACACUCCCAAUAGUGGUCACACAGCAUCUCCCCUAUUAGCCAUGGGAUCUAUCUCUCCUACCAUGCAGAACGGCACUGCCAAUGGGCAUCAGUCCAAUGGACAACCAACUCGUGUUGCUGGCACCUUGGACCUCACGGUCCUGGGCAUGAACAGUGGCACGGCAAUGGACGGCAUUGACUGUGCCCUCGUCCACUACCGACAAGAAUCACCCACAUCUCCAUUGCACAUGAGGGUCUUGAAGUACGAUGAGAUCCCGGUCCCCCAGAAGAUGAAGAAGCCGAUCCUCCAGAUGCUACGCGAGACAAAGACAACGCCCAGUCUCAUGUCGCAGCUCAACGUACAACUCGGCGACAUGUUUGCCGACGCCGUCCACGAAUUCUGCGCAAAACACCAGGUCGACCGCGACUCCAUCGACCUCAUAGGCUCCCACGGUCAAACCAUCUGGCUGCUGAGCAUGCCCAAGGAAGGCGAGACGAGAUCAGCCUUUUGCCUCGGGGAGGGGACCAUUAUGAGCGCCAAGACUGGCAUCACCACCGUGACCGACUUUCGUCAGGCGGAACAGUCGGUCGGCCGUCAGGGAGCGCCACUCGUGGCGCUGAUUGAUGGCCUGCUGCUUCGUCACCCUACACGGAUGCGUCUCUGUCAAAACAUUGGCGGUAUCGCCAACCUUUGCCUUAUCCCCCCGGACAGCCAAGGCGGCGUGGAUGCCAUGGUCGACUGGGACUGCGGGCCGGGCAACAUGUUCAUCGACGCGGCGAUGCGACACUUUACUGACGGGGAGAUGGAGUACGACAAGGACGGGGCGUGGGCCGCCCAGGGCACGGUCUGCCAACGGAUUGUCGAUGACUUCCUCAACAGCAACGACUACAUCAACCGACAUCCCCCCAAGACGACCGGCAGAGAGGUGUUUGGCGACAAUGAGUGCCAGGAGAUUAUUUACGAUUGUCUCGCCGCCGGCUUGUCCAAGUACGAUACCCUAGCCACCAUCACACGCAUCACAGCGCAGAACAUUGUCCGGCAGUACAGGACCUUUCUGCCCAGCUACAAGAUCGACCCGGAACACAUUGUCGACAUUUACAUGUGCGGCGGCGGCGCCCGGAAUCCCGAGAUUAUCAAGUACCUCAAGGCCGCGAUGCCCAAUGCCGUGAUCCGCAAGCUCGACGAGACGGGUGUCCCGGCCGAUGCCAAGGAGGCCGUCAGCUUUGCGCAGCAGGCUGUGGAAGCGGUGCUUGGACGCGCUGCGCUGGUGCCCAUCAACAGUGACUCGCUGGAGCCGAAUUUAAUCUCGGGGAAGAUUUCGCCCGGGAAGAAGUGGCGGGAUCUGAUGACGAUGGCGGCGUUGUUUGGGGAGGGUGCGUCGUCUCUUCCGACGGUGAAGGAGAUGGUGGUGGAUAAAGCGUACACGGACUGGAUGCCAUAGGCGGGGAGUCUGAAUGCACAUAGGUUUAAUUUUUACAAGUUUUACUGAA